AUUUUGCUCCUCACUAUCAAAAUUCAUCUACCUCCCCCUGGAUUAACGUGUAUGUUGUGAACAUUGGGCCGAUAAUGUUAUGGAUCAUUCGGUUUGGUUGACGCUUCUGGUUGUUUUGUUUCUAGAAGAAAUCGCGGAGACAGGUACUUAAGAGAUACGGCCGGCGUUAUAUAGCCCUAUAUCGACGGUAACAAUGGAGAAAGUGAAAGUGUACGCCUGAUAGCCCUGGUUCCCCGUGAAAGUGGGCUGUACGGUCACGUGAUGGGGGGAAUGCAAAUUCCCGGAGAAUCGAUUGUUGUUGUGGAAUGAGCAGCGUCUGGAAUAACAUGGCGCGCGCGGCGGCGACCAGGUGCGCCUGACGACCAGGAACCUUAACUUUAACGCUUCUUUGUUUUCUCACCUGUGGAAUUUCUCUGCGUUGUGACACCUGCCGCAGGUAGGACGCACCUGUGGGGAGGAUGAGGAUGCGGGUCCCCACCUGUGCGGCGUGUUGGAUCCUGGUGCUCACCUGCGCCGUGCGCGACGUCUCGGCGGCCAUAAAGAAGACCAUGGAGCUAGCCAAGACUUGCGGAAACAAGUUCAAACCUCCGACCAUCCCAGUGACGUACUCCAACCACUCCGGUUACAUCGUUUGGAAACAGAGCAGUGCUUUCCCCACUACCCCUGAAGAAUGUGGCAUCAUUCUGUCCGGCCCCGGCGACAACACGCGUUUCUACCUGAAGAUAAGCUAUGUGGAUAUGUACCGCAACGGUGACAUGUGUCAGGACAGGCUCAUGGUUUAUAGUGGAGAGAGUGUGCUCAGCGUUCCGCUCUUCAGCGCCUGCACGAGUUUCGGGUUUGGAUAUUACAGGGGAGUGUCUUCCUUGAACAGCAGCGUCGUGGUGGUGUUCGAUAUCAACAAGUUUUCGUCCAAAGGCGUCGGUAAUUUCAAGUUAUCCUAUAACUUGUUCUACAGCUCCAAAAGAGGCAGAUGCCUCAAUAGGAAUAGUCUUCCGCAGCAGCAACAAGACUUCAUGUGUAACAACGGCAGGUGCAUCCCUCCUGAUCUCGUAUGUGACUAUGACGACGACUGUGGUGACGCGAGUGAUGAGGUCGGCUCUGUGGCCAGCUGCCCCUUUACCAUCAGGUUCAACGGCGUGCUGCUGUUGCUAGGUUACUACGCCGUGAUCGUCGUCAGCGUGUGUAUCGCCGUGACGUUCCUGUUCCUCGUCAUCCUCAUCGUCUGGUGUGUGCGCAGGAGAAAAGCAGGAAAAGAUGACUAUGGAGAGAUGCCGGGACCAAACGACUCCGAAAGCCAAAGCAAACAGAACAUCGCCUACCUUACCCCCUCCCAGUCAGGGGGGUCCCAGGGAUACCCCCUGCAGCCCAUCAAGCUGACGCAGCCCAUGUACUCCUCCUACAGCUCCAGCCCCUCCCAGACCAACAACCCGAACCAGCCGCCUAACUACACCGUGGCGGGGUCCCCGUCCGUCGCGCCGAGACCCAUGCCGCCCCAGGCGCCGGAAGUCCCGGGUUUCUCCUCACAGGAGGGGCUGGUCAACAAGGAGUACCCCCCUCCAAAUGUCCCCCUCAACGUUCCCCACGACUUCCCCCCUGGUGACAAACACGUCCCUGAUGACUACCCCCCUACCGACGACCCCCCACAGACGUACCCUGACCACGGAGGGCAUCCCAGCAUGUACCCCCCUGAACCACCGGGGGGUUCUCCGGGGUACCCCCGUCAUCAGUCUACACCCCCUGACUACCCCCCUAACACUGUGACCAAGUAGCACUAUUAACUAUCAUCUUUGGUCUUUUUAACUAAUUUACCCUUUUUACUAGCCUGGUAGUCAAACUUACAUCUUCGCAUGUUUUUCCUCAGAGAUUCAACCGGGAUUUCUUUUGUUGCUAUUAGAAGCAUAGUUUUAUUUAUAAAGCCUCUUUGCAGUGUCAUCUUCACAACUUGACUUCUGAUCAGGCUCUCACCGGUGACCUCUGUCUGUAUGUCAAAUGUAGGUUUAUUGAUAAAAUGCUGAAUCUGCUAAAUUUAAAAUACAUUCAAAAGAAUCCGAAUUCACAUACGGAUCCAUGACCACGGUCACUUUGGCUGUCAGAUUAUCGUUGUAAUAUAGUAGUAGGUAGCAUCACAUAUCUGUAUAUAUACAUGUAUGGUAAAAAGAAAUGGACAGACAGACAACAGCACUAGUUGCAAGGUGAAAACAGAGGUUAUCGGUGUAACACGUUGAUAGGUGAAACUGCAAAGAGGGGCAUUUUGCUGCUUCCAAUGCUUGUCAUGCAUGAUGCAGAUAAUUUGAUUUUCAUUACUCAUACAAUCUUAUGAUUGUUUGACGCAGGCUGUUUAAGGUACAGUUGCAAACGCAUGUAACGUUAUGUACGAAAAGUUUCAGGACGAUAUUCAAGACUAUUGAUGUCAAAGGUAGGAAAUUCAUGGUGGAUAAAGGACGAGCAGACAGAGAAGCGAGUGAAAUCGACCAUGUUGGCUACAAAAAUGACACUGCCUUUGACCAAUAUUCACAGAAUGAUAAAAUGUGUUAAAUACUACGUUCUCUAACCCUUCAUCCUGAUUUUUCCUGAAAAUCUCCUCAAUACGAAUGCUUUGGUCCUGGCUCAUGGAAGGAGGUUUAUAUGAGUAACAAAAUCAAGAGUAAAAAAUAUUAUUUCAUAUAAUUUAUUCAGUAGAUAUUUGGAAAAAAACUCAUGAAAAGCUACCGUACGGUAUUAUUCUUUAUUCAGUACAUUUUUGUGUGUUAAAGUUGGUAUCAUUCGACAAAUCUCGCAAAUUAAUGGCAUACACAAUGGGCCCAUUUUUUGACUAACCAAAAUAAUAAUGUGGAUGGUGUCAAGUGAAAUACCAUAUGUGACUUUCGCGUUGAGAGAACUUUGCGCUGUAAAAUAUAUGAUACACAUCUACCUUUUCUGGAAAUCGAGAUAGCGUCAUGUACACAGCAAUUUUUAGUAUCGACCGUAAACUUCAUGACGGAAUUGACCAAGGUCUGUUGUUCUUCUUUACAUGAUAGAUAUGUAUGAGCUGCAGCUGUGGCCCUCCGCUAUCUAGUACCAUGUUCUCUGGGGCAUUCAAGUCAUGUUCUACUUUUCUCAACUAUUUUGUUAGGUGUCAUGCUCUGUUAUAUUCACACGGUCUCGAAUAAGGGCGCCUCAAAAUUAAAGGAGUUCAUGUGCUUCAAUAAAACACGGUACCAGGAUUUGAUGAAAGUGACAUCACAGCGCCUUCUAGCGAUAUAGGUAUAAACCCCAAGGACUGCAGUGUGAGGUGUAAAACUUGACACAAAAUGAUGUUUGUGAAGGGAUCGUUGUACAGAACACGCUUUUUGUCUUAAAGACACUGAUGCCAUGAUGUUUUCAGCAGUGUAGGAAGUCGUACUAGAGGGGUUUUACGACGCUGUAUGCGACAUAUUGAAUCCAUUUUGCGAUAGACAGUUGCUGAAUAGAUGCGAGCAUUCGUCAAACAGAUGACCUGUGAAUCACGGUAGUUAUAACUGAUGGCGUAGCAUUUCUAUUGCCCAGUAGGCAAUCCAAUCAUUUCGUUGUAAGGAUCGAUGUGGAACUUUGUUCUGUCUGAUUUUAACAAACGGAAGCUAAACUAGAGGUCAACAAAAACGUUUCUAAACCAGCCAGGGUGUACAUAAGCAAGAUUCUUUUUACUCUAAGGGAUAUCCAUAUUUUAUACUAAUAAGUGUCGAGUGGAUGUUGUCAGUCAGGUAGUUGUAUCUUGAUGUUUUAGUGGUUUAAGUGCCAAACGUACUGUACGGAUCACGUGAUCACAUGCCUGUUGUAGAUAGAUCAAAAUCGCAUACACGUUUUCAACCUACUAAUCAUAUGGCUAUAGUGACAUGUCUACGUUUGAAGGUCUUUGUAUCUGACAUCGUAUCGUCAACAGCCAAAACAUGUGGCAGCAAUUUUGUAUCCAAUGAAACAUGAUGUUGUUUAAGGUUGCAUCUUUUUUGCUACUAAUGACAGAAUGUACAUCUAAAAUGCAAAAUGAAAUUCAAUGGCUUUUGAACACACGUCAGUACCUAAGGUCACGUGAUCUAGCGCCAUCAAGAGCUUGAUAAGGAGUUAACGAUUCUAAGUGCGCAUGCGCAGUGAAUUGCAUUGUGGGUAAUGUCAAAGGUGAAGGACAUCAACAAAACACUUCUGCACAUUUUUAUGGAAGUCGAGAAAAUGAUCGAGACAAGAGCUGUUUAGAGGACGCAUUUGAUAUAUUGCCGAUGAUGCAUUUCGCUGCACAUACGUACUUCCUUAUCCUCACCAGUUUUGAACAAACUGUACCCUUGUAAAAUGCUGUAAAUGUGUGAAAACUAACACUUAACGCCUUUAUGUAUACUAGGUAGAAUGAUUGAAAGUCAGAAAAAUGAAUGAAUAACACUGUUUGUUUUGUAAACAAUCUACAACUUGAACCGAUCAUAUAUUCACAACCGACGACCGUGAUAAACCCCGGUUAGAAACACUGCACUGUCUUCCAAUAGAUCAUUUGCAGUCGGUAUUGACUUGUUAGAAAAACCUGACCCGUGGUUCUAACAUGGAGAUUUUUGUAAAGGUUACUUAUGUCAACAUGGUGUAUGACUCUAUUAAUAAAAGGAUAACAGAUAUCUGUU